CGCUUUCAUCUCCGGUGAGUUAGUUACUUUCCAUAAUUUUCUACUUUACUCUGUUCUCCGGUCGGGUUCUUCAGUUGCAGCCAUCACUUAACCAUGUCUUUUUAGAAAACCGGAAAGGCUUGAACAAAAAAGGUAUGCAAGGACGAAUCGGCACAAGUGGUGAAGACAGGAUUAGCAUAUUGCCUGAAUCUUUGCUAAGUCACAUACUUUGCUUUCUUACUACUAAGGAUUCUGUUAAGACAAGUGUUUUGUCCUCAAGAUGGAGAGAUCUCUGGCGAUGGGAUCCUAGAUUAGAUUUGGACAAAUCUGACUUCUCAGAGGACAAUACCUGUGUGAGCUUCGUCGAUAAGUUUCUGAAUUUCCGAGGCGAUUCCUACUUGCGCGGAUUCAAGCUAAACGCUGACCACGAUGACUAUGAAAAUUCUACAGUCGAGGCAUAUCUAAUGAGAGUAGUCAAGUGCAAGAUUCAACAUUUCGAAAUCAAGAAUCACUUUGGAUUUUGCAUCCUUCCUACAACUCCUUCAAUCUUUUUAAUGUGUGACACAUUGGUUAGCUUGAAAUUCAGUUUCGUGAUUCUGAACGACUUCAAGUCUUGCCCUUUACCUCGUCUCAAGACUCUGCACUUCGAAAAGGUUGUAUUUCCCGGAGAUGACGCUGCAGAGACAAUAAUCUCAUGCUCUCCGGUUCUCGAGGCUUUAAAAAUGAGCCAGGGAAGAUACGAUUCCGUACAAGUUUUACACGUCCGCUCUAAGUCACUGAGGAACCUCACUCUUGAACGGACGGAUCCUGAUUGUGUUGAGAAUGGUGGGCAUACAGUUGUGAUCGAUACUCCGAGACUCGAGUAUCUGAGUCUCAAAGAUUACCAAUACAAAAGCUUCAAGAUUGUCACUAUGAGUGAAUCUGUCAAGGUUGAUAUUGACGUCGUGUUUGAAGCGGUAGGUGGUGUUGCUGGUGCACUGGUGGAGAGAAAUAAUAUUUGUGAUUUUCUAACCCGUGUUUCAAACGUCAGAGAUUUGACCAUCUCAAGGAAGACUCUUGAGUUCAUCUAUUCUUACCUGGAAAUGAACCCACGAUUCAAAUUUCAUGGCUUGGCUCGUUUGCGUGUUACUAUGUUCUCAAACUCCUCUCCAGAGAUGUUACCAGUCAUUCUUGAGACAUGCCCGAAUCUGAAACAACUCAGCUUGGAAUUGGUUCAUGAUUCUCUGGUGACACAGGGGGAAAGUGGACUUUUGACGUUGCUGCCUCGCUCUUUGAUAUCGUCCCUUGAAUCUGUUGAUAUUACAAGCCCGAUCACGGAUAAAGCAACGGAGCUGGACCUGGUUAGAUAAUUUCUAGAGAACUCAACAACACUCAAGAAGCUUGUUCUGCGUUUGAAUCAGUCUUGUCGGAAAAAGCACAGUCCCGGUCUCUUGAAACAACUCUUUGAAUCUCCAAGACGCUCUAGUUUUUGUCAGUUUGUCAUUCUUUGACAUCAAGAUGUUAGUGCAUUAGUUGAACCUGGAUUAUGUUAAAAUCGUAUGCAUUUUAUACACCAUGAGUAGUUAAUGUAUAGUGUAUUGCUUGAGAAUGAAAACUAGGAUCUGAGGUCUUAUACAUAAAC